GGUUGUUCGUGGUCUGUCAUCUUCGUAGACCUUGAUGCUCAUAAUCGGAACCGGCAAACCCUUUGCUCAUUGCUUCCACGUGAAUCACGAUCUCACAACACCGAUGCUGCCCUCCUCCCGUGUAUCAGCUAUCCUGCAUUUGCUGUGGACGAUGAAGCUUUGUCCAAUCAAACAGUCGAUAAGAUAGUUAGAAAACUCAAAGGAAAAUACGGAUUUAAGCGUUUUUUGAGAGAUGGUUACAGAACGGCGUUGGAGGAUAAAAACCGACAGUACUAUAAACCAGCAGAGAUUAAGCUCUUUGACGGCAUUGAAUGCGAGUUUCCUCUCUUUUUUAUUUUUAUGAUGAUUGAUGGGUUCUUCCGAGGCAACCCUGAGCAAGUCAAAGAAUAUCAGAACCUUCUGGAUCCUUUACUACAACAAUCAGUGGAAGGCUUUCCGGUUGUACCCAAAUAUUACCACGUGCCAGCUGAUUUUGUUGAACUGGAAAAGAAAAAUCCCGGCAGCCAGAAAAGGUUUCCUAGUAACCACGGACGGGAUGGCAAGUUUUUUCUGUUGGGACAGUCCCUCUAUAUUAUUGCCAAACUUCUCGUUGAUGGUUUAGUAAGCAUUAAAGAUAUCGACCCAGUGAAGCGUUUCAUUCCCCCGCAAGAUCAACGGAAUGUUAGCAUGCGAUACUCAAAUCAGGGUCCCUUGGAAAAUGACCUCGUGGUCCAUGUCUCAUUGAUGGCUGAAAGCCAGCGCUUGCAGGUGUUUCUGAACACAUAUGGAAUCCAAACACAAACACCGCAACAAGUUGAACCCAUCCAGAUUUGGCCUCAACAAGAACUUGUGAAGGCUUACUUCCAUCUGGGCGUCAACGAAAAACUGGGACUCUCGGGAAGACCCGAUCGACCCAUCGGUUGCCUUGGAACAUCAAAGAUUUAUCGAAUACUGGGGAAAACCGUGGUUUGCUACCCAAUCAUCUUUGACCUGAGUGAUUUCUACAUGUCGCAGGAUGUUAUGAUGUUGAUUGAUGACAUUAAGAAUGCUUUGCAGUUCAUUAAACAAUACUGGAAAAUGCACGGCCGUCCUUUAUUCCUUGUGCUCAUUCGAGAGGACAAUAUAAGGGGAAGUAGAUUCAACCCCAUACUAGACAUGCUCGCCUCGUUUAAGAACGGUGUGGUCGGUGGCGUGAAGGUUCGCGUUGAUAGGCUGCAGACAUUAAUCUCUGGAGCAGUGGUCGAACAAUUGGAUUUCUUAAGAAUCAGCGACACAGAGGAGCCUCCAGAAUUUAAGAGUUUUGAAGAACUGGAGCUUCCAAAACAUUCAAAAGUCAAGAGGCAAACCAGCACACCAAACGCCACUGAGUUAGAACAGCAGCCAGAUAUUAAUCAUAACGACUGGAAAAACAAGCCCAUUCACGAGAUACUUCAGAAACUGAAUGACUGCAGCUGCAUCGCCAGCCAGAUAAUCCUGUUGAGCAUUUUGCUCAAGAGGGAAGGCCCAAAUUUUCUCACCAAGGAAGGUACCGUCUCUGAUCAAAUCGAAAGAAUCUACCGAAAAGCUGGCAGCAAAAAGCUCUGGUCUGUUGUGCGCUUCGCAGCAAGCCUUUUAUGUAAGCUAGUGGACAGCCUUGCUCCAUCUAUUACUAAUGUUUUAGUUCAGGGCAAGCAGGUGACUCUUGGGGCAUUUGGCCAAGAGGAAGAAAUUAUAUCUAAUCCCCUGUCUCCAAGCGCAAUUAAAGACAUCAUCUACCACAAGUGCAAUUUGCAGGACGAGAGGGAAGCUGUUCUUCAACAGGAACUUGUCAUUCAUAUCGGCUGGAUCAUCUCCAACUCCCCCGAGUUAUUUAAUGGCAUGCUGAAGAUACGUGUGGGGUGGAUGGUGCACGCUAUGAAAUAUGAACUGCAGAUCCGUGCGGGGGAGAUGCCCCCUGCGGAUUUAUACCAGAUGUCACCCAGCGAAGUGAAGCAGCUUCUGCUGGAUAUCCUUCAUCCACAGCAGCAAGGGAGAUGCUGGCUGAACAGGCGUCAGAUUGAUGGCUCCUUGAACCGAACGCCGAGUGGGUUCUAUGACAGGGUCUGGCAAAUUUUGGAGAGGACUCCCAACGGGCUAAUAGUAGCUGGGAAUUACUUGCCUCAGCAACCAACUUUGUCUGACAUGACCAUGUAUGAAAUGAACUUUUCUCUUCUGGUCGAGGACAUGUUGAGAAGUAUCGACCAGCCAGAAUACAGGCAAAUCAUUGUGGAGUUGUUGAUGGUUGUUUCUGUGAUUCUGGAAAGGAACCCCGAAUUAGAGUUUCAGGAUAAAGUGGACUUGGACAAACUGGUGAAAGAAUCGUUUAAUCAGUUCCAGAAAGAUCAGAAUCAAUUCAAAGGCAUUGAAAAACAAGAUGACAUGACUUCCUUUUAC